AGAAGAAGAAAGGAUAUUUUUUUAGCAGUUUGAAAUGUAUUUGUUGCUCAAUGUAUAAAAGCUUCAUACAUCUGAGCCUUCUUUUCAUAUCAUAAAUAUCUUUUGACAAAGAAAGCAUUGAUUGUAUAAGAGAACAACAGGAGAGAACUUGAGCUACUUUUUCAUUGGAUUUGUGGACUGUUUGGCGCCGAUAACUGAGUCAAUUGGAUUGUGGAACCGUUUUGGCUGCAUUUCUUCUUUUAGUUUUUGUUUCGCUUCAUUUCUUAAAACUCUGUGUAGUACCUCAACCUCCGGAGGUUGUCCGAGGCUGAACAUAACAACAGAUUUUAUAAAGAACUCCCGAGGAUUGACGUCUAUAGUCAAAGUUGCUGAAAAUGAUGCCUGUUUCUAGAUACAUGGAUUCAAACCCCCUUCAUGGUAAUCAAAUACCCUCCGCUCAGCAUUAUCAACCAAAUUUUGAGGCUAUUCCACCUCUCAUGAUGGCUGAUCCUUCCAAACCUGUUGCCAUCAGUCAGCCGUGGCUUUAUUCAAACAAUUUUGGUGGUUACUCUGCUCCAAUUUACGCCUGCUGCAACCAUGGUAAUCUACAUGGUUUUUAUAGCUAUGCGCCUUGUCCACCCCAGUUGCAUUGUUAUGGGUAUCACCCUUCUUUUCCUAAUGCCUUCCCCACCCAUUAUGUCCCCCCUCCGCAUUAUUUGAGGGAACUACCUAGGUACGACUAUGACAAACCUAAAGACAAUGAUUUCCAUUGCUGUGGGUGUCCCAAUCACUCGCAUAACCAGACAAAUGGUAGAAGUGUGAAGGUUGAAGAGCUCCCCAAUGUUGAGAAAAAGAUGGAUGACUCGUUGGACCCAACUAAAUUUAAGAAUUAUGCAUAUCCAGUUUUUUGGAUCCCAAAUGAGUAUCUGAGGAAUACAGAGGAUAGAAAGCCUUUGGAAUCAGAUGCAGCUAAUAGGGAGGAGCCAUCACAAGAUGUGAAGCUUCCUAACAACGUAAAGCCACAAGAACAGGAACCUAGAGAUUGGAAAGGCUGGUUUCCACUUGACAUGAAAAACCUUCAGUCUUUGAUGCAAACCAGUGAUGGCAGGAGGAUGCAGGACCAACAAUAUGAGGACAAAAUGAGACAAUUUCCAUUUCCAAUUGACAUGAAAAGGCUUCAAUCUCUGAUGCAAGAUAAUGAUGGGAGGAGAAUGCAGGAUCAGCAAAAUGAGGACAAAGUGAGACAAAUUCCAUGCCCUGUAAUCUGGAUGCCUCCUUAUAAUAACAAGGCUGAGACAGAGAAGGAAGAGCGUCAGGAAAUAAAGCUACCCAGUAAUGACAUCAACAAACCUCAGAUGGUCCAUGUGAAUUCUGUUGGCCAGAUUGAUCCAGAGCUGAAGGAAAAGAGUUCUAAGCAGAGAAGCAUUCCUGUGAAGCAAAUGAAGGCACCAAAGGAGAAUAACUCUGAAUGCGCCGAGAGGAGAGAGGAAGUUGCUUCUUUGAAAAAUGCAGAAGAUAAUGAGACAAGUAAAGCUUCUGGAACCAGUACAAAAAGAGAAUCCUCAACCCCAUUAAAGUCAUCAAAGCUGCCUCCAGUUUGUCUCAGAGUUGAUCCGUUGCCUAAUAAAAGGAAAGGUAACAUGAGCUCAAGGUCUCCUAGUCCUCCAGGGUUUAAAGGGAAGACACAAGAUACCUCAGAGGCCUCAGUUUCAUCAAACUUGAAAGCAGAAUCACAGGUUCAGGACAGCACUUUAAGCAGUAGCAAGGAAGAAGAAGCAAAGAAAAACAGAGUAGAAGUUGUGGGAAGGAGCGGAAACAAGGAUGAAGAACAAAGGAGUGGUUCUCAAAUCCCAAUUCCCAUUUCUGAUUCUAGGGAGCAAGUGUCUAGCAGCCAGACUAUUAACAAUGAUGUCGUAUCCAUAAUUAAAGAAGAUGAAGAUUUUAGAGAUGUGGACGAGCUGACAGAUAAGCAAGCAAACGAAGAAAAGGAACCAACUAGCAGAGACGGAUUCUAUGAUGGAGAAUCUAAAGCAGUGAAAAAGGUUCUAUCACAUGAUGAAGCAGCUUUGCGUAUUCAGUCUGCUUAUCGUGGGUUUGAAGUGAGGAAAUGGCAGUCACUGAAGAAAUUGAAGCAAAUUGCUCAAGUCCAGGAGCAGGUAGCUGAGGCUAGGAAUAAGAUUUGUGGUUUAGAGUCCUCCCCUAAUUUCGAGAAUGAGAAGCAAAAGGCGCUUAUUGGAGAAACAAUAAUGAGCCUUCUCCUAAAAUUGGAUACAAUUCAGGGUUUGCACCCAAGUCUCAGAGAUGUUAGAAAAUCAUUGGCAAGAGAACUUGUGACACUGCAGGAGAAGCUUGAUUUACUUGCCGAAACCAAAUCUUCAGGUGAUCCUUCCUGUGAUCCGAGAUGUUUAGCGGGUGCUGAAGAAGAGCAAAGUAGGGCUGCGAGAGAACAUCCAAACGAUGAUAUGACAAAUGCUGUGUCCGGCAUAAAAACCAAGGAAACUUCGAAGCCUUUCCUUAUCGUCAAUGAGGAGCUGAAGGAAUCAGAAAUUGAGGGACAAUAUGAACCACCUGAAGCAACUGGAUCAGUGCAUCUAGAUUAUACUCCUACAGUCGGCAAACUGGAAGAAUUGCAACGAGGGACGACUGACAAGAAGCCAGCUCCUUCUGCUGAAGAGGAACAUAACGGAACAUGUAUAAUAGAAUCCCAACAAAUUGAAGAGGUGCAACCGAAUAUAUUCAGUAAUUUGACUUCACCUGCUGCAGUUGUUAAUGAAUCAAAAAAUGCCAAAGUAUUUGCAGAAACAGAUCUACUGAAAGAAUUAUCUGUAGGAGUAAUUGAUGAUGACGAACCUGAGAAACAAGAUCAUGAUGAAAUACAAAAGAAUGAAAUCUUACCUGGUGGCGAUGCCAGACAUGAAGCAAUCAUUGAUGCAUCAGAGGAACAACCAGUGGGAGUUGAUAAUGAAGGUCAAGUGAAAAAUGAUGAAUCUUUAUUAAUACAGCAGGUUGUAGAAUUGCUUAAUGAAGAGCCUUCUCAAUCUAAUGCAUCUUCACCAGAAAAGGAACUUCCAGUUCAGGGCGAGUCAGACCAGCAGCAUAUGGAAGGGUUUGAUGAAGAUCUCUCUAUUCUCGAACUAAUGAAUUGGGUCAAAGUUGAAAGAGAAGAUGAUAAUGUUUUUCUUGGAAAUACAAUUCCUGAAGGAGAUGUGGCACAAGCACAAGCAUUGGAAAUCAACAAUAAGAAUGAGCUGGUUAAUGGAUCUCAGCACGAGGAAAGGCAGACAGUUUCCUAUAUAUUGCAGAAAGAAAGUGAUGAGGAAGUACAAAAAGGAGUUAGUCAGGGGAUUAUUGACAUAGACACCAGCAGCGCUUCAGAGGCAACAACUGCAGAGAAUCUGUGUCAAGCUAAAGAACUGCGGAUUGGAGGGGAGCAGGAUAAUGCAGGCCAGCCAACAGGAGAAGGCGCAGAAGAAGAACUAAUUCAUCAGGACCUAGGGAUAGCCAGCAACUCCCGCAAAGUGGUAAAUCAGUCUAAUGUGGUGGAGAAUUAUGAGGCGCAAUCUGGAGCCGGGGAGCAAAUCUGUCCAUUGCUUACCGAGCAUGAUGAAAAGAAGAAAGAGGUCUUACCUGUGUCCCUUGCUAACAACCAGCUACCUAUAGAGGAGCAUGAGAAUGAAGAUCAUGAAAAGCUGAUUGAAGAAAAUAAGAAGAUGAGGAAGAUGGUGGAGAAAUUAACCGAGGAAGGGAAAAAACAAUUGGAUGUUAUAAACAACCUGACUGGGAGAGUGCAAGAUUUAGAGAAAAAGCUGUCGAGGAAGAAAAUGAUGACAGGAAGGCGUAAGAGAGCAACAUCAUCACUAUCUUGUGCAACAUCGUCUAGCAAGUCUCGAAAGAGAGGGAGUUGUUAGUGUGUCUAUGUAAUGUAAGCAUAUAUGGUUCUUUUGUUUACUGUUAAUGUGUAGACCCGCUGGUGUUGGCAAUGUUUGCAUGCUAACUACAAUCAGCUGUCUUCUUGGUGUUCAUUUGGCAUGGUUUCAAGCAUCUGUACCGGUCAUAUUAACGCAAUAUGAAUGCUUUUUUUUUUUUUACAAUAAUAAAAGAUCAUCUUUCAUA